GCGUGUAAUAUCAUGGUGUCGCCUGUUCUUCCAGCUGGGAAGUUGUGAUGUUUUAACAUCAUAAAGUUUAACCAGACAAAUGGGCCGUUAACUCUGGAUAUUUAUACUUUUUGAACUCUGAAGGGAGAGUUUAUAAUACAUAAACUGAGGAAGAAUCAUGACAGCGAACGAGGAUCAGGAGAUGGAGUUGGAGGCUCUUCGCUCCAUCUAUGAAGGAGACGAGUGUUUCAAGGAAAUCAGCCCUGUCUCCUUUCAGUUCAGGAUAGGAGACCUCGAGGACACCAAAGCCUUCCUCCUGGAUGUCAUGUGGCCAGAGACGUACCCAGAGACUUCUCCACAAAUAACCCUCGAUGCCUUUUUCAACAAUAGAAUCUCUGCAGAGACGAAGCAGCUGAUCCUGUCAAAGCUGGAGGAGCAAGUGGAGGCGAACCUGGGCACUGCCAUGAUGUACACUCUGUUUGAGUGGGCCAAAGAGAACCAGGAGGUUCUGAUGGAGAACCACAAGCCUGUCAGCACUGCUGUGACGAUAUCCAGCAGUGACACAUCGAGCUCCGCCUCCAUGGCUAAGAAGAAGGAGAAGAAGGAGCAGCUGACCAAAGCUCAGAAGAGGAGGAUGAUCAACAGAACAGAUAAUAAAGGAGAACUGCCGCGAGGAUGGAACUGGGUGGAUGUUAUUAAACAUCUGAGUAAAACUGGAGGAAAAGACGAUGAGUAGCAUUGUUGGCUGUGAUCUGCUGCUUCAUAAUGAACUGAACUGUGUGCAGCGUGUUAAUGCUGCAGCUCCCGUCUCGAUGCCUUCACAUCCUUCAACAUCAUCACGCCGUCGCCUCGCCCACCCGGAGGAGAGGAGCAGACGUCCUCUCUGUGUGAAGAAGAAACCUCAUCACCAGGUUUAUCUUAAAUUAGUGGUCAGAGCGUGCCUCAGAGUUUACCGUCACUGCCGUGUUUCCAGCCCAGCUGCCGCGCCGCCGUACGACCACAAGCCCUAAAUGUUGGAUUAUGUGUCAAAGUGUCAGGUAGCUUCCUGCUGUUACUUUAAGGUGUCAUGUGACUUUGUGAAAGCAGAGAAAUUUUUAAAAACACAGAUGUUACAACCUUUCACCAGUUUUUUUAUUUUGACUAAUGUUUAGUUUGGCCAAUAUUUGAAAAACUUAAAAUUUUGUAUUUAAAUACAAUAAA